GGGGCCAGGAGGGAAGGAAAAGGUGGGGGGGGCAGGAACGGUGAAAUGCGCAUGCGUAGUAGGAGAAUGAGGGCUGUUGCUGUCUCCGGAAUUUAACGGCCCGCGCAGUUCGAACGAAGGGGCGCAGACGGGGUGCCUUUCGGGACAGCUUUAGAGCGCGAAGUACCCUCCGCGGAGAUCAGCUGCGCGCCCCGAGGGGGUGCGUGAAGAAACUCUCUGCAGGGGCUUUUUCAAGUGAGACAAAUGUAGAGUACCAAUGGAAUCCAACUUAUGGAUUUACCAUAAAAAAGAUGACGACGAAGAACUCUUGCUUGCAAAUGUAGAGGCAUUAAGGAAUCGACUGAGGAAAACCGAGAGAAAUCUACGAAAUCUAGGGGAAGAGCUUUCCAGUACUAGUUCGAGUGAGCAAUCUGUCCACAGCUCUCAUUUCAAUGAGUUUGUCGGACUAACACUGGAAGAUCUUGUUGAGCCGAGUUGCACUGAAUUUCAAAAUUAUUUCGCUCAUAAGAGUGCUGGUAAAAUGUCCCACCAGAGCAGAGAUUCUCAAAGAAAAUCCCAAACCAAGUCUUACCCAGUGUCCACUCCUUUUAAUAAAAGUAUGGAACAAGAAAAUGAGCAUCUUAGAGAGAAACUGAACGCACUUCGAGAUCAAAAUGCAUCUUUGACUUCCCAGAAUCACUGUCUAAUGAAUAAAAUUGAAACUAUCAACUUUGAAUUGACUCAGUCAAAAACAAGAAUCUCUUUUCUUGAAUCAGCUUUAGGUACACAUUCAGUCAGUAUUCCUAUGUUAGAAGAACAGAUUGCAAAUUUGGAAGCAGAAGUUACAGCUCAAGAUAAAGUCCUGAGAGAUGCAGAAGAUAAAUUAGAGCAAAGCCAGAAAAUGGUGGUAGAAAAAGAACACAUUUUGCAAAGAUUUAAAGAAGAAUAUAAAAAAUUGAAAACGGAUUUAAUUGAACGAAGCAAGCAAGGGAAGAGAGCUGAACUGCAAAGAAACGAGGCUCUGUUUAAUGCUGAAGAGCUGACGAAAGCAUUUAAAAAAUACAGAGAGAAAAUAACUGAAAAACUUGAAAAGGUUCAAGCUGAAGAAGAAACUUUAGAGAAAAAUCUAAUUAAUUGUGUAAAAGAAAAAGAAAAGUUGCAUGAAAAAUGUGUUGCCUAUAGAAAUGAACUCGAAAUCACAAAGGAACAAUUAAGACAAUUAAAGGAUGAGAACUGUAGUGCAAAAGAAGAGAUGAGGAGUCUAGAGGCAAAAACCACUGAAAUUGUGUCACAGCUAAAACAGUCUGAACAGAAGAUCCUGAAGCUUGAGAGUGAACUUAAUGAUAAAGUAGUAGUACUUAAAGAGAAAAGUACCCUACUAAGUGAAAAUGCAGAGCUAAAAGCACUUAUUGCACAGCAAAAUGAUCGCCUAAAAUUGUGUCAUCAAGAAAUUGAGAAUUCAAGAGAAGAACUGAGCACCUUGGAAACUAUUAUCUCCCAGUUGUCACUAGGUACAUCUAAAGAGUUUAAAUUGCAUCAGUCGAAACCUCAGAUGGCCAGUUCCUCUGCAAAGGAAGCUAUGUAUGUCUCUUGUUGCGAAUCAAACAAAUCCUUGAUUGCAGAUCUAAGAAUAAAACUGGCAAUGAAAGAAGCAGAAAUUCAAAAGCUUCAGGCAAACCUAACUGUCAGUAAAGUAGCUCAACAUCUUUCUAAUGAUUUUGAGGGACAAGAAAGUGGCAGAUUACAUGGCCUAGAAACAGAACCUGUAAAAUUGAUUGGAAAUCAAACAGAAGAGAGAAAAUGUCAACAAUGGAAGCUCAUCAGUAAACAGUUUGAAAAGGAGCGUCAAAGAUUCACAAGAGAGAUAGAAGAGUUACGUGCUAAGCUGUUAAAAGCAGAAGAGGAGAAUUCUUCUUUAAAGACCAGCAUGGCCCAGAGAGCCAGUCAGUUUCAAAUUAUACAGGAAGAACUACUGGAGAAGGCUGAAAAAACUACUAACUUAGAGCGAGAAAUAACAAAGAAAUCCUCUCAGCUUUCAGUACUUGAAAAGCAGUUGGAAGAAAAGACAGUUGCUUAUUCUGCUGCUACUGCAAGGUGUACUGAGCUGGAUCAGGAGCUCAUAGAAAAGAAUGGCCAGAUUCACAACUUGGAAGCAAAUAUCAAUGAAGAACAUGAGCAAGUAACUAUAGCUUUUGAAAAAGCAAAGUUAAUUCAUCUUGAACAGCACAAAGAGAUGGAAAAACAGAUUGAAAUACUUCAGACUCAGUUGGCUAUGAAACACCAGCAAAUUAAUGAGCUAGAGAAGACAAUGUCUGUUUUACAAGAAGAUAUUGUAUGUAAACAGCGUCACCUUGAAUCAUUGGAUCGACUGCUGAUAGAAAGCAGAGAGGAAAUGAAAAAACAAAAUACCAAGAAAGAAGAAGCUUUGAAAAUGUUGCAAAGCCAAUUAACGGAAGAAACAAUCAAAGUCAGACAACUAGAGUCAGCACUAGACAUUUGUAAGGAAGAGCUUAGAUUGUAUCUGAGUCAAUUAGAAGAAAAUAAGGAGUCAUUUGAAAAGCAGCUAAAGAAGAAGUCUGAAGAGGUGCACCGGUUACAAAAAGAAAUAAAACAAAGAAAUCAUAAUCUUCAGGACACCACUGAACAAAAUGUCCUCCUACAGCAAACUCUGCAGCAGCAGCAGCAAAUGUUACAGCAGGAGACAAUUAGAAAUGGAGAGCUAGAGGAUAGCCAGAUUAAGCUUGAAAAACAGAUAUCAAAACUGGAGCAAGAGCUUCAAAAACAGAAAGAAAACUCCGAAGAAGAGUUGAGAAAGGCAGAAGGAAAGCUCCGUAUAGCCUCUCAGGAAGCAGAUUUAAAAAGACAGAAGGUGGCUGAACUUACUAGCACAAUUGGGCAGAUUAAGCUGGAGAUGGAUCAGUGCAAAGAUGAUCUAAUUGGUAUGGAGAAAGAACUAGUGCAUUUAAGACGAGAUGGUGAAACUAAGACAGUGCAGCUAAGUCACUUAGAAAUGACUUUGGAGGACACUCAGUCAGAACUAAAUAAAAAAACGCAACAAGUGAGUGAUCUGGAAGAUAAACUGCUUCAGAGUGAGACUGGGCAAAAGGAUGCUUUACACAGAAUAGAAGAGCUAGAGGCUGAACUACAAAAUGCCCAUGGAGAAUUAAAAAUCACUUUGAGACAAUUACAGGAACUGCGAGAUGUGCUACAGAAUGCACAGUUCUCUCUGGAGGAGAAGUAUGCUGCUAUCAAGGAUUUAACAGCUGAACUUAGGCAUUGUAAGGAUGAAAUUGAGGACAAAAAGCAAGAACUUCUUGACAUGGACCAGGCAUUGAAAGAAAGGAACUGGGAACUGAAACAAAGAGCAGCUCAGGUUACCCAGUUGGAUAUGACUAUUCGUGAACACAGGGGAGAAAUGGAACAAAAAAUAAUUAGAUUAGAAGGUAGUUUGGAGAAAACUGAGUUAGAAAUUAAAGAACGCAAUAAACAGAUUGAGAGCUUGGAUUGCAAGCUACAGCAUUCUAAAGAUGAGCAUCGUGAAAAAGAGUUUGAAUUGCUCCAAAGAGAUCAAGAAAUAAAUCAACUAAAAAAGGAAAUUGAAAGAAAACAACAUAGAAUAACAGAUAUUGAAAAAACAGUGAAAGAUCAGGAGAAGUGCAUUGCAGACCAGUACAAGGAAGCAUUAGAUUUAGGUCAGCAGUUGAGGCUAGAACGAGAACAGAUGCAGCACAUCCAUUUGGAGCUUUUGGAGACUCGCCGGCUGUUGGUUCAAGCUCAAAGAGAAACGGACAGACUCUUGCAAGAACUGGAAGAAAUGAACUGUCUGUCUCAAGAAAAGGACGCUCGUGCAAACCGUUUGGCAGAAGAACUGGGCGCUGCCCAAGCACGUGAAGCUCAGUUACAAGCAAAAAUGCAAGCUGAGAUAAAAAAGCUUUCAUCAGAAGUAGACUUAUUAAAGGAGGCUUAUGAGCAGGAGAAGCUUGCACAUCAGACAAAUCAGGAAAGGUGGCAGACGUCCACAGACAGUCAGAAAUCUGGCUCUCAUCAUCUAAGUGGACAAUUGCAGCAGCUGAAGCAGGAGUUAGAAGAGGCUCAGGACACUGUCAAUAAUCUUCAGCAACAACUUCAGGCUAGAAAUGAAAUGGUUCAAGCUGCAAAUGAAGCACUGCUUGUGAAGGAAUCUGAAGUAACGAGAUUACAAACAAGAAUUUCUGGGCAUGAAAGAACAGAAGGCAUCAAGAAGCUACCAAUCCCGCUUGUAUUAUCAGAUCAUAUGCUCUUCGAUGUUCAAGAACAGGAUUCUUCCAGAAAUUCUCAUACGUCAUAUUUCAAACAUAGAAAACUGCGUCGUUCUAUAAGUGCUAGUGACCUAGGUGUCAAAGAUGAUGAUUCUCUAGAUCUAUCAAAAACGAUGUUAAAAGACUUCAAACAAAUGCUUACAUUAAAGCCCUCAGUGUGUCCAGAGAGUCAAAAGGAUUUUCUUCAUACUCCACCAAACAGUUUGAAUGAAUCUUCAUUCGAUCCCCUCACAUACAUUGUAGAUGAAGAUGUGACAUCAGACAGUAAUGACUUCCAGACACUUAGUGGAAUGCUAAAGUAUAUCAACAAAGAAAUGAGGCAGUCUGAAAAUGCUUCUGUACAAAUAUCAUGUGGUACAAACUCAAAGGAGAAUCAAGAAUCUUGUUUGUGGGACAAAGAUUGUGAAGAAAGACUAUCACUGUGUGACAAGCAAUAAACCAUAAGUGGAAUUGUUGCAACACAGCAUAGCAUUCAAAGAGGAAAUUUUAAUGUAGUAGUGAUGUACAUAGUUAAAUAUAUUUAUAUUGAUUGUAAACCCCAACCCUCUUGUUUUUCCAAUUUUAGUUUUAAUAUUAUUGCUUUGAAAUAAUUUGUAUGGCAACUUUGUUUUGGAAAUAAAGGGUUGGUUUUUUUUUUAAAAAGUUUCCUAAAAUUAUAGGGAUAAAUUUGGGUGGUCCUUUGUGACUAGGAUUUUUUAAAUCAAAGUCCUUACUCUUUAUAUCUAAAUUCUACCUGAAAGCGUUCCUGAGUCAUUGCUUCAUUCUCAAUUUUUGUUGAGAAGGUUUUAUCUUUAGUGUAGUGCAAAUGUACGAUUGCUGACAAAAGAGGCCUUUCUUCACACUGUCAAAUAUAAGGCCAUUUAGAAUAAAGGUUGAGCAUAAUAUUGAGUGAAGACUUUAAACAGAAUCUUGCUUGUCUCACUCCCACGAGUAUGCUCAUCCUUCUUUAGGGGAAGGAAACUCAAGGCCUUAGCCAACUCUUUUUGAAGUCCAUGGACAAGCUCCCAUGUGUUUCAGUGGAAGCAGAAUUGCGUAUUUAAGUUGUCUUAUUUUAAAUGAUGAAUUAAUACAUUAAUUUAUGUCUUUUGGUUUUUGGCUUUCCAAAAUCUCACUCAACUUAGCCCUUACAAAUGUCUUCACUAUGCCCUCAGUCUCUAAAGUUUAAAAAAAAAUAAAGGUGUAGGGAUCAUAUACAACAAAUCCGGGAACUAGGUGGACUUAAGGGCAUGAAGUCUGAAUCUCCUAUGUAAUCCUGAAUCUACAGAGUUGAGAUUCCAAAGCUUUAAAAUAUUAAAUCACUCAAUGAAUCAUGCUAAAAAUGUACAUGCGUGAAAAAUGUAUUAGCAAAGCUAUUAGCAAUGAAAGUAUUUCAGAAGAGCAGAAAAUAAUAUAAUGCUGUUAAGGAUUUAAGGCCCAAAUGUGCAUAUUUUAGAAAUCAUUAAGGGUGCAUCUCAACUAGUAAAACCAGCACUUGUAUUUCAGCAAUUGUGCAGGUGAAAUUGCUACAUAGACACAGAGCUUAGGCAUUUUUACCAGUGUCAGGAAAACCUGCUCCACCAGUGCAACUACACCAUUGCUGGCAGCUCCUGAAAUACAGGUACAGAUUUUGCCCACAUAAACAAGGCCUAAAUACACAAGGUACAUGUUUCUACAGCUCCAGUUUUGGCUGUUUGGAAAGAUUUAUGCACUGUAACAAAAGGACUUAGUUUACUUUUGGAAAUAACUACAUUUUACAUUUUUUUAAAUCAAGCCAUUUGUUUCCCUACAGAAUAACAAUUAAAAUCUAUUAGAACUGUCUUGGCCAGUGUAAUAACUGAAAAAUAGUUCAACAGAUUUAAACCAUUUUUUCUCUAAACAAACCAGUAGGCCUCUAGGCUAAUAAUGUCUGUGCUAAGUUUCAGACAGGUCUCUUUUAAAACAAUAGAACUUGAAACAUUUGACCUCUCAAACCAGGAUUUCAAAGGGAAAGCUUAACCUGCCCUUAAUUAGAGUUGCAUUACCACAUCACUGGAAUUUCAUCAUCGUAGGUUGUAUAAAGCCUAGCUUGCCCCUUUACGUGUGCUAAAUAUAAAUGUGCAUAAACAGCAGAAGCAUUUUUGUCUAAUAGCUGAAUCAGCUAAAUAAGUGUGAGCUGAAAUUUUUUAUCUGGCCAUUUGGCUUGCCUAAUGAAGUCAGAAUCAAACCUGAUAGCCAAGGUUAAAUUAUAAUUUCAUUUAUCUCAUUAAUUUUAGAUAUUGUCAUUAUUGUGCCUUGUUUGAAAAUCUAAUUAUUCUGCUUGUUACAUUAGCAACUGUAUUUUUAUUGGUUUGGAAAGUAGGAAAAACCUUUGUGCCAAAUGAUAAUUUCACUUUAGUAGGGAUCUAAACAAGCCAUUUCUUUAUAUGCCUAUAUAAAAUGGUUAUUAACGAUACUGGAACAUUGAGUGCACCUUUCCAAGCUGUAUUAGAUAAUAUGGAAUUAUUGAUUCUUGUAAAAUAUACACAGAACAAGAA